GCAGUCCCGACAACAGAGUCCAAGUAAUUUCUUCCGGAUUUUAUAACGAUGGACUUCUACACCCUCCGCCCACCAAACUAUCGCUUCCUCAGUGACAGCAUCAUCGGCGGGGUGGUACAGCGCAGACGGUCUAGCAGGGACGUCGUCAGUGAAGAGUAUAGAGCCCCACAGUCUUAUCGAGGCUAUUAUCGGCCGCGCCAACCCUCUUACCCUGCAACGCGCCCAUAUGAGUCUAGACCAGUGAACAGGACGAGCUGUGGUAGUGAGCGCUCGGUCAUUCCUCAGCGCGAUGCUGAGGCAGUCCUCGGACUACUAUCGUUGACGAGCGGAACAAAGCGACAGCGCGUUGAAUCGCCGGACUAUUCGAGUCGAAAGCUUCACUGUGCACGCACAGAAGCGAGCACGCCACAGCCGGAAACAGACACAGAGUCGCUAAACAGCGAGAAACAAGAAGCUGCGGCUGCAAAGUGCCGCGAGGAGAAGAGGUUGGACUACAUGCAUGACGACCGUAUUAGUCACCUUAAGAAACAGACGCUUAAGUUGCGCGAAGAGAUUGACAAGGUUGAGUAUCGACGUCGUGAGAUUUCAGCUCUGCCAGCACGACACAAUGGCUGGGAUGUAGCAGUCGAGUACUUUAAACUGUUCCGAUACGGUCUGCAGUCAAGAGGACGGUCGACUAUCAUUAAACACAGCGACGAGCAACUGGCUUUUCUACGGAAAACUAUGAGCCCCGAUGUGGUGCUUAACACUGGACAGGGGCACGAUGCCAUGCUGAGAAGCUGGAAGUGCAUCUCCUUGUGGUUUAAAGACGUGGAAGUGAAAGUAGAGGGUUUGGACCGAAGUGCCGCUGGGUCGUUGGAAGCUAUCACAGAAACCAGCGUCACUGUUACAGAACGAACACUACGCAACGUGUUUCCUCACUUGAUCAGCCGGAAUGGCACAAACUGCGAGCUUGCCGAACAACUUCUUGGUCGACACAUUGUCAUGCGAGGCUUGACACGCUUCGAGUGGGAUAGUGCGAGUCGAUGCUUCACUAGUGUCAUAGCUCAUUCGGAUCUGUUAACACCGAUGUUGCAUCUAUUAGGCAACGUGGAAGACGUGGCGCAAGUCUUCCAGAGAUCUUCGGUCACCCCUGACUUCCAGUGGCGUUCUAUGGUAUAAGAAGAAACUCGCAGCAUGUAUGAAAAAUUAUAUAAUUUGCUUUGAAAUCUCGA